AUGGCCGAACCCCCGACUAAACGCCCGCGUCUCGCCGGCCCAACCUCCAAGCCCAAAUCCUCCAAACCCAAAUCCACCCCGAAAACCCCAUCCUUCCUCUACCCUGACUCCUCCUCCGAUCCAGAAGAAGACGAGCUCCUUUCGCGUCCAGAGGAAAUCAAUGCGCGCCGGGACCCCAACCUGCGACUGGAACGCUCCCGUGCCGCGGCUGCGCUACGACUGAAAUCGGCGUUCGAACGCAUCUUUGAGAAGUAUGGCCGCGACUUCACGGGGGAGGCAGACGAGAUUUAAGAGGAGGAGGAGGAGGAGGAGGAGGAGGAGGAUGACGAGGGCAGUGAGGAGGAGGGAGAGCAGGCAAAGAAGGGAAAUAAAGGAAAUAAAGGAAAUAAAGGAAAUAAAGGGAAUGAAGGGAUAGGAAGGGAGUUUGGUUUUGCGAUGGCUCCCCCGCUAACGGGGACAUACUGGAACCCCCCCGGGCUCCCCUUCCCCUCUGUGAACCCCUUCGCCGGCUAUCCCCCUCUUUACGUACCGCCGCCUCCGAUCCCAGCAGCGAGUGACCCCCGCUGGCAAGCGCCUGAGCUACCCGUUCUUCCGCCACGACCUUCUGGGAUGGGGGCACCUGUCGCGACGCCAGCGCCGGUGAUAAAGAAGAAGCCGGCCAGAGUGUCACUUUCGUCUGUCAGGGAACAUGCUGGUGACGUGGGAGAUGAGGAGGAUGAUCUCGCCGAGCUAGAUGGCCCUGGGGCUGGGGCUGUUGGGGAAAGUACUCCGGCAACGGCGGCGAAGAAGAAACCCCUCGUGCUAAAAGCCCGUACCCCUCAGAAUGAGGCAGGGAAGAAGAGGGCUUCGGGCGGGAGUGUUGGGAAGAAGGGCCCCGCGAAAGCUUCCGAAAAGGAGGAGACACCUUCAAAGGCGGGGACGGCUGCCGGAAAGGUGGCUACAGGGAAGACACUGGAUGAGGGAAAGAGGAAGAAGAUUCCUGGCCGGCCGAAGAAGGCGACUCUGAAGGCAGAGAAGGGUGCAAAGAGGAAAACCGUUAGGCGUUCCUCUUCCAAAAAACGUGUGGGAGAGGAGACGGGAGACGCAGACCGUGCCGCCUUAUGGGAACUUACGCCGUCGAAAGCGAACUCGCUUUCCCAUCAGACGACGACUGCCCCUGGCAGUAGGGAGAAGCAGGCUGCCCAGGAGGAUACAUCAGGGGACGUCAUAGUUAUUGAGGAUGGGGAUGCGGCGGGUAUUAUGAGGCCACGGAGUCGGAGCUUGCGGAUGGUUCAGAUUGAGAUCCCGCUAUACACUGUCCGCGCUUUUGAUCAGCAUACUUCGGGGCCAGCUGCACAAGAGACAGAAAAAGAGCCACAUGAGGACGUACAUGAGACUCGAGAUGAUGAGGCGGGCAACGAAGAGGAAGAUGAAGCAUCUUUCCAUGGGAGUUUUGAAGUUGCUGGAGAGGCCGAAAAUACUCAAUCUACGGCCGAGUCUGAAGAGGAUCAUCAACCUACCACCGAAUCUGAACCAGAUCCCGUGCCUGAUGAAGCGGCAACUGAUCGAAACGAUGCUCAAUCCACGCCCGAAACAGAUAGCCAUCCCAUCGUCGAACCCAACAUUGUUCAAUUUACCAUCGAACUGGGGCCUGCCCGUCACACACCCGAACGCGAAGAUACAGCCAGACUUUCUCCGGAGCCAGAACAGCCUAAAUCCAACCAACCCGGACACGAGCUCCCCCCUGCCUCAGAGCAAUCCGCACUCGAGCCCAAACCCGAGCAAUCCGAAUCAACACCAGCCCCAGCCCCAAUAGAAAUAUUUACCCCAAACACCAUCGACCCGGCAUACAACUUCUCCGACGAAGAUGAGCCUGCCCUGCCGCGGCACAGGACUUUAUUGGCGAAGAGGCCCGUUAGGAUCAGGACACCGAAGAAGAAGGAGGUUGAGGAUGUGGGGGUUGAUGAGGGUAAAGAUGCGACUCGCGAUGAAGCGGAGGUGCCUCCGAAGACACCGAAUGCCGAUGGGCUGGCCGAAAAACCGAAGAGGAGUACCUCGCGCAAGAGGUCGUCCUCCAAGAGCACGAAGCAACCCCUUCCUGACGUCUCUGAGGCGACAUCGCCGUCAAUAGGUACCGAAUUCCAACCAACACCAGCCGGUGACUUCCCCGACUCCGCCCUCCCUGUCCCUCUCGACGAAAAAAAUGUGCCCGAAGUGCUCUCACCCACCAAACAAUCCCUCCUCACCCUCAAACCCCUCCGUCCCAAGGCCAUUUCUCCCGUUCCCGUCACCCCAGUCAACACUUCUAAGAAGCUUCCCCCGGCCGGCGGCAAAACCACGCCCCGUUUCUGCCCCUCAGUCUCAUCCAGUCGUACUAGACUAGUGUCGAGUUCGACGGAGUCCCAUGUCAGCAAGCACAAACAUACGGUUGCGACGUCAAAGAAGCAACUCUCCGGCAAGAAGUUGUCGCUUUUGUCACUCGCGUCUUCUGCUAAGAGGCCCAAUCCAGGAAGUGUGAAUAAUGUCUGGGCGGCCGACGAUGAAGAUGAGCUGGCCAUCCCUGCUACUGUAAUAUCACCGAUGCGCAGUUGGCGGGAGAGUCCGUCGAAGAGGAAGGCGGGGGUUAGGUUGGCGAGGGUUGUUGCGAGGAGUUCGUUGGGGGUUGGGCAGGCAACUGUCCCUCCUUCCUCUCCCCCUAUCACCACCGCCAGCAGCAGUAGCAGCAACCGCAACAACCAGAACAACAACUCUGGAGUAGAGACCCCCUCCAAGUCUGGAAUAACCGUAGCCAAUACAGGGGAGGGGAGCGCAGCAACGGAGUCUACGACAGCGAACAAGUUCGUCACGGAGACGCCUACCGCCCCUAGAAUGGUGAUGCUCAUGACUGAAGAGGGAGCUGGUGAAGAUGUCUAUGUCACCAAAUCCAACAAACUCGCCUUGGUUUUAUAUAGACUCGCAACUGCGCUUAACCAUCCAUCCAUUGAUCGCUAG